GGUGGCAACCUUCAAUUUCCAAGUCAAGCACUUUCGCUAUCCCAGAAACUUCAAAGUAUCCUACUAAACGAAACAUCAAUGGAAGUACUUCUAGGACCUUGCAAUGUUGCUCAUGUUUCAAAGAAAUAUCUGAGGCAGCAGCAGCAGCUACUACUGCACAGAACACACUUGAUUCUAAAGCAGUCUUAAACAGUGUCAAACUCAGCAUACCUGAGACAUCAUUACAUUAUGUUCCCUCAGAUUUCAUGAAGAGGUUGGUUCUUGCUGACUUGGAUCCUGCCACUGCAAAGCUAGCAAUUGGGUUUCUAGGCCCUUUUCUCUCAGCAUUUGGUUUUCUCUUCAUAUUGAGGAUAGUGAUGUCAUGGUACCCUAAACUACCUGUGGGGAAGUUCCCUUAUGUAAUAGCCUAUGCUCCCACAGAGCCUCUUCUCAUAGCAACAAGGAAACUGAUUCCUCCCCUUGCUGGUGUGGAUGUUACCCCUGUUGUCUGGUUUGGAUUGCUUAGCUUUCUUAAUGAGAUAUUAGUGGGUCCACAAGGAUUACUUGUUCUUCUUUCCCAACAAGUCAAUUAGGAAACAUUUUGACCUUUUUUUUUGUUGAGGAACACAGAGAUAAGAGAUGAUGACAUUUUGUCCAAUCUUCUAGUUGGAUCCAUACCAAAGUGCAUCUGUGAGACUGUGAAUUACUAAUAUUUUCUUUAUAUACCAUCUAUAUUGAAGUAGAAAGCAGAGAAGAAUUGGUGAA